AGGAGCCGGCGGGAGGGCGGCGCGGAGAGUACAUGUUACCAUGGCGAUGACUGCAGGGACUACAACAUCCUUUCCCAUGAGUAACCACACCCGGGAGAGAGUGACGGUGGCCAAACUUACGCUGGAGAACUUCUACAGCAACCUAAUUAUACAGCAUGAAGAGAGAGAAACCAGGCAGAAGAAGCUAGAAGUGGCUAUGGAAGAGGAAGGCCUUGCAGACGAGGAGAAAAAACUGCGCAGGUCACAACAUGCUCGCAAAGAAACAGAGUUUCUGCGACUGAAGAGGACUAGACUUGGCUUGGAUGACUUUGAAUCUUUGAAAGUUAUAGGAAGAGGAGCAUUUGGGGAGGUACGCCUGGUACAGAAGAAGGAUACAGGUCAUAUUUAUGCAAUGAAGAUACUAAGAAAAGCAGAUAUGCUGGAGAAAGAGCAGGUGGCCCAUAUCCGAGCAGAAAGAGAUAUUUUGGUUGAAGCGGAUGGAGCCUGGGUGGUGAAAAUGUUUUACAGCUUUCAGGAUAAAAGAAAUCUUUACCUGAUCAUGGAGUUCUUACCUGGAGGUGACAUGAUGACCUUACUAAUGAAGAAAGACACCUUAUCAGAAGAGGAGACACAGUUUUAUAUUUCUGAAACUGUGCUGGCCAUAGAUGCUAUUCACCAGCUGGGAUUCAUCCACAGAGAUAUUAAACCAGAUAACCUUCUGCUGGAUGCUAAGGGUCAUGUAAAACUGUCUGAUUUUGGGCUAUGCACAGGUUUAAAGAAAGCUCACAGAACAGAGUUCUACAGGAACCUUACACACAACCCACCAAGUGACUUCUCAUUUCAGAAUAUGAACUCAAAGAGAAAAGCAGAAACAUGGAAGAAGAACAGGCGACAGCUGGCAUAUUCUACUGUUGGAACCCCAGACUAUAUUGCACCAGAAGUAUUUAUGCAGACUGGGUACAACAAGCUGUGUGACUGGUGGUCUUUGGGAGUGAUUAUGUAUGAAAUGCUAAUAGGAUAUCCACCUUUCUGCUCAGAAACACCGCAAGAGACUUAUAGGAAAGUUAUGAACUGGAAAGAAACAUUGGUAUUUCCUCCAGAGGUGCCCAUUUCAGAGAAAGCAAAGGAUUUAAUUCUAAGGUUUUGUAUUGACUCGGAAAAUAGAAUUGGUAGUAAUGGAGUUGAGGAAAUAAAAAGUCAUCCAUUUUUUGAAGGAGUGGACUGGGGGCAUAUCAGGGAAAGACCAGCUGCAAUCCCUAUAGAAAUCAAAAGUAUUGAUGAUACUUCUAACUUCGAUGAAUUUCCUGAAUCUGAUAUUUUACAGCCAGUGCCAAACACAACGGAACCUGACUACAAAUCCAAAGACUGGGUUUUCCUCAAUUAUACUUACAAGAGGUUUGAAGGGCUCACACAGCGUGGCUCGAUCCCUUCCUACAUGAAAGCUGGGAAAUUGUGAAACAAAACAGAAACCUACAAAAGAAAUAAAAAUACAAACCUCAGGUAGCUGCAUCACCAGACCUGCUUGGCGUUAGUUAUCAAUACAUUGACUCUGGUGCGCAUCAAUUUCACAAGGAAAUUCUACAGGAUUAGGAUUUCUAAGACUACUACAG